AUGAGACGACAACCAGCAAUGCCCAUUCGCUCGCCCUUUGAGUCUUCAAUCGCGAAGCCGGGCCAGGGUCAUGUCGUCCUCUCUUUACUUCCGCCUAAUAACCCCACCUUGACAACCCUCACAUACAAAUACCCAUUAAAGCUCGUUCCGCGAGCACCAGGGUUUGUCCCUACGCCAGAUCCAGCCGCACUAUCAGACGAGUGCCCAUCAAGGCCUGUUCAUCUCUACCUCCUCACAUAUGGCGGUGGUCUGCUCCCAGGCGACCAUAUCGAGGUGACAAUCGAGCUUGAACAGCGCACAAGAAUGGUGGUGACUACACCACAAGGAAGCACGAAGAUCUUCAAAACAGAUCCCAGCGCCGACUCAAGUUUCAACGUUAUUAAGGGCCACCGCAACAAGUUGCCCGCUAACGAACACAUCUCCGAUAUGAGUCAGCAAUCUUUAGACGUGAAGAUCGGCCGCCAAGCUGCUCUCUGCUACCUGCCUGAUCCAUCCGUUCCAUACAAAAACAGCCGCUAUGCUCAAGUACAAACAUUCACCGUUGAUGCCUCAGCAAAGGGCGAUCAGCGCAGCAGUCUUUGUGUACUGGAUUGGGUGACGCAAGGCCGCACAUCCCGCGGCGAGAACUGGAACUUUCGAUUCUGGAAAGGCCGAAACGAAGUCUGGGCCACGGAUGCAAAGAGCGGCAAAAGCCGUCUUCUACUCCGUGACUCUGUCAUUCUAGACGAUGAAUCCGAAGCGCUAGACGACUCCGACUCCGAGGAAGAAAGUGGCGGGGGCGGCAUAGAAAGCGGAUUAAAUUCCCAUUCCAACCGUGCCGAGACACCACCCCCUCAACCAGGUCUUCUGCCCUUGAACGAAAUCAUACAAGAACGUACCCGACCCCACGGCGUCGUGGGAACAUUAAUUCUCUCCGGUCCUAUCUUCGACAAGCUAGGCGCUUACCUCCUGCACCAAUUCACAUCACAACCUCGGAUCGGCAGCAGGAAUUGGUCUUCGAAUUCCUCAACCGCCCCUGAGGCCUCACUUAGCACAAACGGAGACGGUCACGUCACCUGGACAGCUGCACGGGUACGUGCAGGCUUCGUCCUUGUUAAGUUUGGUGCCAAGGACUUCGAGACUGCCAAGCACUGGCUUGGCGGUCUUCUCCGUGAAGAAGGGAGCAUCAUUCGCGAGUUUGGCGAGGAGGCUCUUUUUUGCCUCUAA